UAAGCACGACUUUUUCAAAUGUUCCCUUUUGUAAAUAUAUAUUUCUAAGUACUCGAUAGCCUCUCUCGAUAUAACUCAAUUCCUCAACUCUCUCUUUCUCUUUUCAUCUAUAUUUGCAUUAUUUGUCUCAAUGGGAUCAACCAGCGUUCUCCUCCUUCUCCUCCUAACCGUAGUCCCUGCCGUCUUCGCCGUGACUUAUCGGGUCGGUGAUGUUGCUGGCUGGACCAGUGGGAUUGAUUACACGACUUGGGUCACUGGAAAGACUUUUCGGGUCGGUGACACUCUAGAGUUCAAGUACGGUCCUUCACACUCGGUGUCCGUGGUGAAUAAAGCUGGCUUCGAUGUCUGCGACAGUAGCGGAGCAACGCAGAGAUUCUCAGGUGGAGACACUAAGAUCGAUCUUACAACAGUUGGAACUAUGCACUUCAUUUGCCCUACUCCUGGUCACUGCCUCGGUGGCAUGAAGCUCGCCCUUCCGGUCCUUGCCGCCGCUCCAUCUCCGGCCACUCCUUCACCAACUUCUUCCCCAAAAUCUCCACCGCUUGCCCCUCGCUCUCCGCGUAAACCUAAAACUCCAUCUCCACCUGCUUCUCCUCCGGCCAAUGGCUCACCGUCAGAGUCGCCCGCGCCUUCGCCGUCUUCGCUGUCUUCAACGUCCCCAUCUCCGUCAAACGCAGCGUUUAAGGGAGUCAUGGUGAGCUAUGGAAUGAUGGGGCUCACAAUGUUGUUGACGUUUGUUGCCAUGAGCUAAACUACAUAGUGCAGUACACCUGCUUUGUUUGUAAUGAAUUUUUCCUUCUUGUUAAUUUCAUUUUGUAAUUGGCAAUGGUGCAUGUAUAAUCAUGUAGAACAUGAUUAUGGAGCAAAUUACAAAACCAUAUUCGAUUUUAAUUUAAUAAGAUGUCAUGUGUUGAUUAAGGAAAACACAAGUUGACAUAUAUAUCUACGCAAAAUUAGCGCGUGAAAAAGAUGGGUUAGAGUUAUUUAAAAACCAAGUUGUAUAAAAUACAAAGACGUAGUCCAAAAAUACCCAUUAUAACUAUAACCUCUGGUUCAUUAACCAAUAGUAUUUCAUUAUUUCAAAUUCGAUAUCUUUUAAAAAAAGAAAAAAAAUAUUAUCAAGUAUAUUAUGCUU